AUGAAUAUCUAAUUCGCCAAGGAUCUUUUAUUUUGAAUAUCUAAUAGGCUGACGGCUUGUUUCGUGACAACCUGUAUUUACUGCGCUUAUCUAGAAUCUUACUGUCCUAAUCCGUUUCAGACUAGACUACUAGAGCUUAUAUAUAUAACGAGCCCGCCAUUAGCGGUCUUGGCCUGCAAGGUCAUCAGCACUCAGCAGUUCUGUUUCCAACGCAAAAGAAGAUCAGGACCACCACUUGAAAGUCUUGAACCAUGGACAUGGAGCACCAGCUGCUGCACUUGGAGCGCUUCAUGGCCAGCAGCCCGGGCUUCUUUACCGUCGACAGCGGCCAAGACCCCGCCCAUUUUCCCAACGGCGGGUUGUUCGUGGAGCAGGUCGGCGCCACGGGUGGCGUCGGCGGCGACGACGGCGGGUGGGUGGAGGACCUCAUGCAGCUCGGCGAGGAGCUGUUCGGUGGUCGGGGCGAUGCCAAUGGCACCGACGACGGCAUGGGCGACGAUCACUACUACCAGCAGUGGCAGUGCGACGACGGUGGCUCUCCAGACGGCGGUCCGCCACCGAGCGUAUCCUUGGACGGCGACGCGAGCCCCCCUUCUGGGGAGCAAGAGCAAGGUACCGUGGAGCUCGCCUCCGAGCGGCACCCGCACCGCGAGGCCGAGGACGGCGACGACGACGUGUUGGGCGCGACGCGCAAGAGGAGGGACCGGUCCAAGACGAUCGUGUCGGAGCGGAAGCGGAGGGUUCGGAUGAAGGAGAAGCUCUACGAGCUGAGGGCGCUCGUCCCCAACAUCACAAAGAUGGACAAGGCGUCCAUCAUCGCCGACGCGGUGGUGUACGUGAAGAACCUCCAGGCGCACGCGAGGAAGCUCAAGGAGGAGGUCGCGGCGCUGGAGGCGCGGCCGAGGUCGCCUACCGGACAGCACAGCGGGCCGGCCGGGGCUGGUCGACGACGCCACCAGCAGCAGCAGCAGGAACGCCGCCGCGACGCGGGGAGGAGCGCGGGCUCCGGCGCCCGGGUGACGCACGUGGGCGCGGUGCAGGUCGGCGAGGGCAGGUUCUUCGUAACGGUGGAGUGCGAGCGGCGGGACGGCGUGGCGGCGCCGCUGUGCGCGGCCGCGGAGUCGCUGGCGUGUUUCCGGGUGGAGACCUCCAGCGUCGGUGGCCGGUCGGGGCCGGACCGCGUCGUGUCAAUGUCAACGCUUACGCUCAAGGGGAGGGGACAAUUAGGAGAUGCAGCAGCCAUCGGCGAGGCCUCGGUGAAGCUUUGGAUGAUGGCGGCUCUUGUCAAGGAAGGCUUCCGGCCCGCAGCGACGGUCCAGAUCUCAUGAUCCGAUCCACGUGGCGGUCCACCGGUUGCUGAGUGUUUCGAGGGGGUCAUGUUCGGCUGGAUUAAACCAGCUGUUUGUGCUGCUGAUGCUGCUAUAGCUAGCUUAGCUGAGACUGAGUCUGAGACGUAGCUACAGUAUUUUCAGCUGCUGCCGUGCUGGCAAAAAAGCCUAUCUCAACUGAUUUUUUGUUUGAUCCGAGUUACCUAUUUGUGUACGUUGUACCUGGGGCGAUCCUAAUGUGAUCAAGACCGUACAUCCGACUUA